AUGGUAGAAGUUGUAUUCGAUGGCGGCCUCUGGCCAGAACCAAUAAUGCAUGUCACACAACGCGAAAUUGCCUUCUUCGACCGCAAGCGAAACAACCCGGUCUAUGAAGUCAUCAAUAAACUCGGAAUCUGCUCAGCGAAGGCUCAAUGUCUGAAAAACCCAAUCACAAGCUGCGAUCGAAUUAAUGCCACCGAUGACCCGCAGGGGGUAUAUUUACAUUGGAAGAAAACCGGAGAGAAGCGCUCGGAAUUCCAAGGCAUGUUGAAGGUCGGCAGAAGAAGCUUAUAUCUGAGAAAUCGGGACGACGUCCUAUUCAAUGAAACUAUGCUUUGUGUAUUGGAUUUCUACGUUUGUGAGGGUGAAAGGAAUAAGGGGAUUGGCAAGGAAUUAUUCGACAAAAUGCUUGAGGAAGAAGAUGUGCAACCGUAUCAGAUUGCCUAUGAUAACCCCUCGAAAAUGCUUGUGGCGUUCUUGAAGAAGCACUAUGACCUUGAUGAUCCGAUCAAGCAGUCGACUGGUUUAUUGGUUUUUGAUCCAAUUUUUGAAGAUAAGGCGCCGUACGAGCCUACUAGCUCGAGGAGUAUUUCGCGGAUGACCUCUCCAUCAAGAAGAAUGUCAGAAAUGGUCGGAGUCAACGAAAAGGGCCACCUAAGCGCUGGCACUAUUAUCCACGGUGACGCACCAGAAAACCUCAGAAUCGAAUACGACCCAGAUACCCCAAUCGGAAUGAAACAUCACAGAGAUCUCGGCCAUACUCCACUUUGGAUGAAGUUGAAAUAUCAAGGACAGCUUCUGCCGCAACAGGUGGGUGCGGCUAGGGUAUGUGCCAUAGCAGCCACCCCAAACGGCUCGAAAGUAGCCGUUGCCACCUCGGAUCGAGCUAUCGUGCUUUUUGACGAAAAAGGAGAACAACGCGAGCGUUUCGCUACUAAAGCUAUUGAUGCGAAGUUUGGAAAAAAGAGCUACGCCAUCCGUUCGGUAUGCUUCAGCCCAGACUCUACACAACUAGCCGUCGGACAAUCUGAUCAUGUCGUCUAUGUUUAUAAACUCGGAGCAUCAUGGGCCGAAAAGAAAGUGAUCGUCAACAAACUACUGCAGACAGCCAGCAUAUCCGCGUUGUCAUGGCCAUUCGAGGACAAGCUUCUCAUCGGGUUGACCGACGGAAAAGUUCGGAUUGGAUUGAUCAAGAGCAACAAAUGUUCAUCGCUCUACAAAACGGAACAACCAGUUGUUUCAUUGGCAACAAACCCAAGAAAGACAGCAUUUGUGUCCGGACAUUUUGAUGGAAGUAUCAUCCUCUUCAUCUUUGCCAGCAAAUCCCAGAGCAAAAUCUGCACCCAUCAAGUCACCCCAUACUCUCUCGUGUUUACAGCCCAUGGGUUAUUGGUGGCGGGGAGCGAUAGGAGAAUCUACGCUUACACUGAGAACGGUGUCGUGCAACAGCAAUGGGAUUUUUCCGAUGAGCAUGAAAAGGAGUUUUCGGCGAUUUGUCGUGAUCCGACAGGAACAAAUGCGGUGGUUGGGUCUUAUAACAAGUUGCGAUUAUUUUCGUAUAAUCUUCGUCGUGGUGCCUGGGAUGAAGACACGCCUUUGGUGAUUAACAAUAUGUACACGAUAACAGCCUUGGAAUGGAAGGGCGAUGGGAGUGCUGUGUAUUCGGGAACCUUAAACGGUGGCGCUACAACGAUUGACUGCUCAUUGAAGAAAGGAAUAAUUCGGUCACGUUUUGAAACGACCCAUGUGGCGCCUUCGCACGUCAUUUUGAGGGACAUUUCAAAUGAAUCGAAAACGAGCAUCAUUUCAAAUAAGGGACUACAAAUUGACGAUAUUAAGGUGACUGGCAAAGAUCAAUUUGUUUUGGCCUAUACGGCUAGUACCUUGAUCAUUGCGGAUACGCAGAGCGGAAGAUCUUCGGAAAUCGAUUGGUUUAGCGGGGGAAAUGAAAAAUUCUAUUUUGACUACCCAAAUGUUGCGGUAAUUGUAAAUGCGGGAGAAGUUACAGUAGUGGAAUAUGGCAUUGACGGAGAAAAUUUAUAUGUUUGGUACAAUCCUGAAUACCCAAAUCAACCGACGAUCACACAAGUUCGCGGGGAAAUCGAAGCGGUUUUGAGGGAUAAUGAUCGAACGGAAGUGAUAGUGCAGGAAUCAAAAGCAAAAGUCGCAUACGAACUGGACAAUACCCAAAUUGAAUUUGCGGCUGCGUUGGAAAGCUCAGACUUUGAAAGAGCUGUUUCUUUUCUCGAGAAAACACCAGAUCAGGAUGAAGCGUAUUUGAUGUGGCGUAGAGUAGCUUAUUUGGCUAUGGAGCAAGGAAAGCUUUUGAUAGCUCAAAGAUGCUUUGCUGCUAUGGGCGAUGUGCCGAGGACUAAUUUUAUGAUGGAAACCAUAAAAAUGGCGAAAGAUGCUGCGAAGAGCAUUGGUGGGGAUGGGUCGGCCCAUUACAAAGUCCGAGCAAAUAUUGCUAGGAUUAACAAAAAAUUUAAAGAAGCAGAGAAAAUCUACUUGGAGCAGAACGAUAUUGAUGAAGCAAUCGGUAUGUAUAAAUCGUUGCAUAAAUGGGAAGACGCGUUGGAGCUUGCUAGAGCUAGGAACUAUCCUGGCUAUGAACAACUGCGAAUUAGCUAUCAUAGAGCAUUAGCGGAAACCGGACAAGAAGCUAAAGUGGCUGAGCUGAAAGCUACGGAGGGAGACCCGCGCUCUGCCAUCCAACUUUUCCUCAAAUCCAACCAACCCACAAAGGCAUUGGCUGUAUUGACAAGCAAAGAAGAUCUAAUAAGAGACAGUAUUAUGGUUGAAGAUAUUGCGACAGCCUUGCUGAAAAAUCGGUUCUUUGAGAAGAUUGCUAGAUUUGCAUUUCCGGAUCGUGUGGUUGGGAUUGAAGAAGAAUGGGGAAAUCAUUUGGUCGCUCAGGGACAACCAGAAGCUGCCAUCAAUCACUUUUUGGAAGCGAAUUGCACGGAAAAAGCGGUUGAAGCGGCGAUUAAAGCCAAAGAAUGGAGCAAAGCUGUUCAGAUCGUCGAUGUUAUUCAAGAUACCGAACGAUCUCAUACGUACUACGGACAAAUUGCCGAGCACUAUGCUUCUAUUGGGGAAUUUGAUCGCGCAGAACGUCUUUUCAUCGAAGCAAAUCUACAGAAACAAGCGAUUGCCAUGUAUAUCAAAGGCAGCAGAUGGGCCGAUGCAUACAGGCUAUCAGAAGAGUUCCUCGGAAAGGAAGAAACGGCUCAAAUGUAUGAUAGAAAGGCUGAAGAAUUGGAGGAACAAGGAAGAUUGGCUGAAGCCGAGCAGCUUUACAUAUCAAUUGGAAUGUCUAACAAAGCUAUCCAGAUGUAUAAAAAGGCGAAUCGUAAUGAAGAGGUUGUACGACUUGUUGGGCAAUAUCACUCGGAGCAUUUACUGGAAACCCAUAAGCGGCUAGGCGAAGAACACGAAGCUGCUGGCGAUCUCAAGGGUGCGGAGGAAGAAUUUUUGAAAGCCGGCGAAUACAAAAUGGCAAUAGAUAUGUACAGGAAAGCUGAACAAUGGAGCGACGCGUACCGGUUGGCAAAGACGGAGGGAGGAGAUACAAUCCAGAAACAAGUCGGCUUUCUCUGGGCUAAGAGUUUGGGCGGUGAUGCGGCUGUGAAGCUCCUAACUCGAUUCAAUAUGCUCAGUGAUGCGAUUGAUUUUGCCAUCGAGAAUGGAGCGUUCGACUUCGCGUUUGAUCUGGCAAAGCUGGGAAUGAAGGAAAGAUUACCAGAGGUUCAUACUCGUAUCGCGGUGCAAAUGGAGGAAGAAGGACGGUUAGAAGAAGCAGCAAAACAUUACAUUGAGGGCGGAAAGGCCGAAGAAGCGGUUGCAAUGUUUAUUCACGAUCAGGAUUGGACAAAUGCGGAAAAGAUUGCCAAUGCUGGUCGUCCUGACAUCAUUAUGAGAUAUUUCAAAGAGCAGGCAAUGUGGCCUGACGCGUUAAGGAUUGCCAAGGAAUAUCUACCAAAUCAGCUAUCAUCCUUACAAGAAGAAUUUGACAAAGAAGAGCUGCGAAGUGGAGCUCGCGGAGUCGAGUCAUUCCUUGCCCAAGGCCGUGAAUGGGAGCAAAAUGGAGAAUACUAUCGAGCAGUUCAAGCGUUUUUGAAAGUUGGGGAGCAUGAGAAAACAGCGGAGCUGUUGCUGGCUCUUGGAAAUACAGCUGAUGCGAUCCACGCGUUGUGCGAGGCUCAACAAUGGGGCAAGGCCAGACAGGUCGCAAAUGAAUUCAUGCCCGAAGCAUUGGCGGAAAUUGAUGCAGCUUAUAAGAAUAGUCUGAAGAGUGAAGGUCGCUUGGGGGAAUUGAUCGAGGGCAAUGGGGAAAAGGCCAUCGAAACGGCUAAACAGCAAAAACAUGGACCGCUCCUCGACAAAUAUGUUGCAAUGUAUGCGUCGCAUCUUAUUUCCGAAGGUGAUUACGUGAAAGCCUCAAAGCUCUUUGAAAGAUAUGGGGCUGCUGGAAACGAAGAAAACUUCAAUAUUUAUAAGACGUUGUUCGACUCUGUCGUUGGUGUUCGAACCGACAACCCAGAAGAGGAAUACGAGCGGAUUGCCUUGAUUCGAAAUGUUUAUCAGCAAAUUGUUCGUGGUCUCGAAAAUGGGAAUAGUCGGCAUUUCGAUUUCUUCUACCGGCAAAUGUUGGCGCUACAUAUGAUGUGUAUUCGGAACGCAAUGUUAAUUGCCGAUGAACUAGAAUCGAAGAGAACCAGGCUGAAGCUAUCAAUUGCGUUGCUACGGUAUUCCGAUGUGUUACCCCCAGAUCGUGUUUUCUACGAAGCCGGAAUUUUGGCGAGGGAUGUCGGAACGGAAUAUGAAGGGAUGCGCUUUCCUAUUUCU